AUGGCGCCCAAGGCUGCCGAGAAGAAGCCGGUGGAGAAGACCCCCGCGGGCAAGAAGCCCAAGGCGGAGAAGAAGGUGCCGGCGUCCAAGGAGGGCGGCGAGAAGAAGGGGAAGAAGAAGUCCAAGAAGAGCGUAGAGACGUACAAGAUCUACAUCUUCAAGGUGCUGAAGCAGGUGCACCCGGACAUCGGGAUCUCCUCCAAGGCCAUGUCCAUCAUGAACUCCUUCAUCAACGACAUCUUCGAGAAGCUCGCCGGCGAGUCCGCCAAGCUGGCGCGGUACAACAAGAAGCCCACCAUCACAUCCCGGGAGAUCCAGACCUCCGUCCGCCUCAAGCUCGCCGGCGAGUCCGCCAAGCUGGCGCGGUACAACAAGAAGCCCACCAUCACAUCCCGGGAGAUCCAGACCUCCGUCCGCCUCGUCCUCCCAGGCGAGCUCGCCAAGCACGCCGUCUCCGAGGGCACCAAGGCCGUCACCAAGUUCACCUCCGCCUGA